UGAAUAGAGGGUCCCUAGUGUGAAUUUGCCGUAAAAAAUGUGUGCUUAGCUCCACCAGUUUCUUCAGAUCGACAAAAUAUUAUCAGUACAAGGACCAUUAUGUGGAUCUUUAGUAUCGUAUGAUGUGCACACCAUGGCCACAGAGGAAGAGAUUUACGCAAAUCUCUUGCGGGGAUAUGCAAAAAGUCUAAAGUUACUUAGUGGAAGAUCUGUUCACGCCAAAUUCAUUAAGGGGUCUCUUCCUUUAUCGCUCUUUCUUCAAAAUCAUUUGCUAAACAUGUAUGUUAAAAGUGGAGAUGUUCUUGGAGGCCUCAAGGUGUUUGAAGAAAUGCCACAGAAGAAUGUGGUGUCCUGGUCUGCUGUCAUUGCAGGCUUUAUCCAAAAUGGGUAUGUUGGGGGAGCUCUUUCCUUGUUUGCCCGCAUGCACAGUGAGGGAGCGACAAAACCAAAUGAGUUCACAUUGGUUAGUGCUCUUCAAGCAUGCUCAUUAGCUGAGAGUGUGGCUCAAGCUCAUCAAAUUUAUGCAUUAAUUGUGAAAUUAGGAUUUGAGUCAAAUAUCUUUUUAAUGAAUGCAUUCUUGACAUCCUUGGUAAGGCAUGGAAAGUUGACAGAAGCUUUGGAAGUUUUUCAGAGCUGUCCAGAGAAGGAUAUCGUGUCAUGGAACACCAUGUUGGGUGGUUACUUGCAGUUUUCUUUCAAGGACAUUCCUGGAUUUUGGUAUCACAUGAAUCACAAGGGUAUUAAACCUGAUAAUUUCACAUUUACAACCAUCCUCACUGGGCUGGCUGCCCUGUCUUAUCUUCAAUUGGGCACCCAAGUUCAUGGACAGCUUAUCAAGAGUGGCUAUGGAGAUGAAAUCUGUGUAGGGAAUUCUCUGGUGGAUAUGUAUUUAAAAAAUCAGAAGCUAGCUGAAGGUUUUAAAGCAUUCGAUGAAAUGCCUCAGAGAGAUGUGUGUUCUUGGUCCCAGCUGGCUGCUGGUUGUUUACAGUGUGGAGAGCCAAGAUGGGCACUUGCAGUCAUUACACAAAUGAGGAAAGUAGGUGUGAAGCCAAAUAGAUUUACACUGGCAACUGCUUUAAAUGCCUGUGCGAAUAUGGCAUCACUAGAAGUAGGAAAACAAAUUCAUGGCUUGAGGAUAAAGCUUGGAGAUGAGAUUGAUGUCUGUGUUGAUAAUGCACUUCUUGAUAUGUAUGCAAAAUGUGGUUGCAUGGAUAACGUAAGGUGGGCAUUUCAAACGAUGAAAGAUCGUACUGUCAUCUCAUGGACAACAAUGAUAAUGGCAUGUGCACAAAAUGGGCAAGCUGAAGAAGCUCUCAAAAUGUUUGAUGAAAUGAGGAAGAGGGGUGUUGUGCCAAAUUAUAUCACCUUCAUUUGUGUUCUUUAUGCAUGUUGUCAGGGUAGAUUUAUUGAUGAGGGAUGGAAGUAUUUCUCCUCUAUGACCAAAGACCACGGAAUCUCCCCUGGAGAAGAUCACUAUGUUUGUAUGGUGAAUCUCCUAGGCCGAGCUGGACUUAUUAAAGAAGCUGUGGACCUAAUUCUAACAAUGCCAUUUGAACCUGGCGCCUCAGUGUGGCAAACAUUGCUCAGUGCGUGUGAGACUCAUGGAGAAGCAGAAAUUGGAAAACUAGCUGCAAGACGAGCCAUAGAACAAGAUAAAAAGGACCCAUCAACAUAUGUCGUAUUAUCUAACAUGUUUGCUGGAUUGAAUAAUUGGGAUGGUGUGUGGAAUCUAAGAGAGUUGAUGGAGUUAAGGGAUGUAAAGAAGAAGCCAGGAUCCAGUUGGGUUGAAAUUGGAAAGACUUAGAUGUCAUGUGAAUGAGAAAUGGAUUCAGAAGAUUCCUCAUCAACCUUUUCUCUGUAUCUUCGGAUGAUGCGUGGAAUCUAAGAGAGCUGAUGAAGUCAAGGGGUGCAAAGAAGAAAGGGAGAAUUUCAGUAAAGUCCCAUAGAAGCAACAUAAUUUUUAGUAGGUUCCAAAAGAUUCUGAAAUUUCAGUAAGGUAUUUAAGGAUAAAAGUGAAAUUAUAUUUUGAUGUUAAACGACCAAAACGCUCUUCCUUUGUUUAUUUAUUUUUUUUAAAAAAAAGUCAACCACCACUGGACAUUCAGCCACUGGAACACCGCCCUUUUGGGAGGGCGUUACAGUCAUUUAACACGAAAAUAUACUUUCAUUUUUAUGCAUAAAUACUUUGCUGAAUUUCAGAAUCUUUUGGGACCUAUUGGAAAUUAUGUUGUUUUUGGGGGACUUCACUAACAUUCUCCAAAGAAUAGACCAGGAUCUAGUUAGAUUGAAAUUGGAAAGAUUUAGGUGUCAGAAAAAUGUUGUGUGAAUGAGAAAUGGACCCAAGCAUGUUCCCUUGAAUAAGGCGCCUGCAUGGCGUGUAUAUUAUCCCAUUCAGGUACCGCUUGAAGACUGAAACUAGCAAGACAUCCGAAAUAGCAUGUGCCUCGCAGGAGAGCUACUAUCUAAUGUUGCAGAGACUUGCAUGAAGAUGUGCAAUUGUGCAUAUCGACAACUGAGGCAGAUUAUUCCUCUCUCCUCCAAAAAACCUCACUUUAAAAUUCAUCAAGAUUUUCACGACCAUGCUGCAGUGAAGAUCUUCGAUUUCGCAACAAACAUGAUUAGUAAUACACAAAAGGACAGGAAGUAUCUGCACAUGAGAGUGGAUCUUCAUGUUGCUCAUUAGGGCACGGCUCCAUUAGUGAUUAUUACGAUCAAGUUGUGCAGGAAUCUUUGGAGAAGCAAAGUCACGUGUUGGUUCCGGUAAGUAAAUCAUCCAUCAAACGGGCAGAAAGUGAAACUUGAAGAGAAUCAAAGGUUGAGAAAUUGUCCAAUUUGCUUAGAAGGUUUUGAAGAUACUAUUCCGGUCCUAAAUAUAAGGCCCUUUUUGUA